CGAGCUUCGAAAGGGCGGGAAAGGCGGUUGGAGAGGGAGGGGCGAGCGGUUACUCACUCCAUGGCUGUGGAACAGAGAGGCGGCGGCGGCCUCCGCUGAAGAAAGAAGGCGGUAGCGAAGAGCGCAAGCGCGGUUGCAGACACCGAGGGAUUUGCUCUGGGAGUCAGAGUAGCCGCUGCCGCCGGAAUCUGGAGCCAUGAGCGGGUUUAAUUUUGGAGGCACUGGGGCCCCCACAGGCGGGUUCACGUUUGGCACCGCAAAGACGGCAACAACCACGCCUGCUACCGGCUUCUCUUUCUCGACGUCUGGCACUGGCGGGUUUAACUUUGGGACUCCCUCCCAGCCAGCUGCAAGCACCCCUUCUACUGGCCUGUUCUCGCUCACCACCCAAGCUCCAGCGACACAGACCCCAGGGUUCAGUUUUGGAACCACAACUCCUGCUACGGGAGGAACGGGAUUCUCCUUAGGGAUCAGCGCUCCGAAGCUAAACCUGAGCAAUGCAGCCGCCACCCCAGCCACUGCUCACCCUGGCGGCUUUGGGCUCGGCGGCAGCACCCUCACCAACGCCAUCUCGAGCACGGUCACCUCCAGCCAGAGCACAGCACCCGCUGGCUUUGUGUUCGGCUCCACCACCACCUCUGCCGCUCCGUCCACCACACCGGGGGGAUUCUCGUUCACAGGCGGAAGCACGUCCCAGAGCGGGACCUCUGGUUUCAGUAUUGGCUCCAUGGGGAGUUUGGCCCAGCCCACGGCCCUGGGCGGACUGCCCUUCACUCCCGCCACGCCGGCAACCACUGGAGCAGGAGCCACUCAGCCAGCUGCUCCUGCACCCGCCGCGGCCACCACCAGUGCCGGGCCCACGCUGUUCGCCUCGCUAGCGACCGCUCCAGCCUCUUCCACCACCACCGGGCUUUCCCUUUGUACCCCGUCGACCACAGCUGCGGCACCCGGGGCCGGGACGCUGGGCUUCAGCUUAAAGGCCCCCGGGGCGGCUUCUACCUCCUCCACGACAACAUCCACUGCCACUGCCACCACUGCCACAGCCACCACCACGGCGGCCACCACCACCACCGGCUUUGCCUUGAAUCUGAAGCCACUGGCACCGGCCGGGAUCGCCAGCAACGCACCGGCUGCCGCGACCGUGCCUCCUGGCUCCGGUGCGCCCACGGGGGCGUCCGCCAGUCCCGUGAUGACCUACGCCCAGCUGGAGAGUCUGAUCAACAAGUGGAGCCUGGAGCUGGAGGACCAGGAGCGGCACUUUUUGCAGCAGGCCACACAGGUCAACGCCUGGGACCGCACGCUGAUCGAGAAUGGGGAGAAGAUCACUACCCUCCACCGCGAGGUGGAGAAAGUGAAGCUGGACCAGAAGAGGCUGGACCAAGAGCUCGACUUCAUCCUGUCUCAGCAGAAGGAGCUGGAAGACCUGCUGAGCCCGCUGGAGGAGUCGGUCAAGGAGCAGAGCGGGACCGUCUACCUGCAGCACGCCGACGAGGAGCGCGAGAAAACCUACAAGCUCGCCGAGAACAUCGACGCGCAGCUGAAGCGCAUGGCCCAAGACCUCAAGGACAUCAUCGAGCACCUGAACACGUCUGGAGGUCCCGCCGACACCAGCGACCCCCUGCAGCAGAUCUGCAAGAUCCUCAACGCGCACAUGGACUCGCUGCAGUGGAUCGACCAGAACUCGGCCCUGCUGCAGAGGAAGGUGGAGGAGGUGACCAAGGUGUGCGAGGGGCGUCGCAAAGAGCAGGAGCGCAGCUUCCGGAUCACGUUCGACUGAGCUGCCGGCCGUCUUCAGGGCCCGUGGGUUCCGAGGGUGUUGGGGGCAGUGGGCGCCGCGUAAUUAUUGUCUGGUUUUUGGUUGCAGUGAAUACUUGUUUGCUCCUUUCUUCAAACGACUGUGCUGUUGAGAACAGUUCUGUGGUCUGGCAUUUUGCAUUAGUAAAAAGAGAAAUAUUCCAAGCACUCUGGCCCUGACAGCAGCCUAGUGGGUGUGGUUUCUUUUGUGUAUCUUUUGCGUAUCCCAGACCCCAUCACCUACAACAGCACCCUCCCCAUCCUUCUUGGCUCCAGCCAGGUGCUGGAGAAGUGCUGAUUCGCACAAACACCAUCCGUCUCCCAGCAGGGUCCGCUAAGCGGCCACUUGUCCAACACAUAGUCGUAGGUGCAGUGAAAAGUCUCCGUCUUCGAGGAGACAGCAUCCUCGUAUGAGGUGUGUGCGUGUGGAAAUUCACCACCAGUGCAAAGAAGGGACGUGUGAAUAGAACCGACCGUUGGAUGUAGAAUUUCAAAGGAGGAAGGACAGGUCAGAUGAGGGACUUAAAUGAGGUGUUGAGAAAAGGGUCAGACUCGAACCGAGAGGUCUUCACUUUGCCUGGCUGACAUGCCUCCUGACUGUCCAGGUCUCCUUAUCUUAGGCCUCACCUCCUCCAGGAAGCCCUCUCGGCCACCCCAAAAGCUGGGUCAGAUGGCUGUCCUGUGGUCCCUGCACCACACUGAGCUCACAGCUUUGAUAACACUCGCCACGUGAUCUUAGGCCAACCGGUUACUGCCUCACCAUAAGAGUGUGAGCCCCUGCGGGCAAGGAGCGUUCCUCAUUCCCUUUUGUGACCUCAGCACCAUCCCUCACAUUUGCGAAUGAAUGAACAACAGAGAUAAAAAAACAGCAUAAAAUGUUCAUCCACAAAAUGGCCUGCUGAAAUGGCCACGGGUGCCAGAGGCGGCCACAGACUUGGUUCUGAACUUGACCAACGCUAAAGCAAACCUAGUUAGUUACAGUGAGAUCCAGUGUCCAGAAGAACAGAAGGCAACCAGUUGUAUCCCGUGUCUUUUGUAUUUGUCUUUACAGUUUGCUGCACUGUCUGAAAUACCUGUGACUGUAUGUUGCUUUCCUAAAUAAAAUUUAUUGUGGAACAAAAAAGAUGCCAUUAACGUGGAUAACUUAGAAGGCUGGGUAAAAAGAGCAGGUUCCAGGUAAAAACCGCAUGAAGUGGCCGUUUGUCUGGAACUCAGAAACCAGCAGAACUAGACGACGCAUUUAGGCCCGCCUCUGUGCCAAAACGCAAGUGGUAUGUUCCUCUGGUGCUGACGGCAGAGGAGGGACACAUGGGAGAGUGUGUGCAGGUGACGUUCUAGGUUAUAUCUUAGAUACACAUCAACGUUCAGUCCUUUGCCAUCGUCCCGAAGGCGGUAGCUCCGCAGCAGCGGGUGCCAUGGGCAGCGUCCCUCUCCAUUACCUGGGGCUAGCUGGAGGGUGCUCGUUGUGCUUCAGAGGUGGAAAGCAGGUAAAGCCGGGAUGCGGAUUUGUUCGGGUCAUUUCCACAUGCCCAACAUUGUGCCUCUUGUCCCCAGCUCCCGUAGGCAAGAAUGACGCCCAGCAGUUGGAUCUGAUCUCCUGCUGCGGGGUGGAGAGUCUGUCCGUCCGGCCUUUGCCUCGCUGAGCCUGCUUUUUGCUAAGGAAUGCCCAAAGCUUAUUCCUGGAGACCUGUGGUCCAGUUGCCCAAAGUCAUGACCAUAAGUCGUUUCACAUCUUUGGCUUCCCAGAACAAGUGUCUUGCAAAAGCCACAGCAGAGGGAGAAGGGAGCCCCCAGACUAAACCACUUGAUUCUCUCUAAAAGCUCCCCACCACCUUCCUGGCAAGUUGGCCUUCAGAACCUCCGCGACCCGUAUCUGACCCCUCUCCCUGAAGGGGGAGGUGGGAUGGGGCAGCCUCAAGUCCCCCUAGAAAGUAGGAAGUAGUUCGUAUUUUAUACACAUUUAUUCAUUCAACACCCAUUUUUGGAGCACCUGCUAAAUAGCUGGCCUGGCAUCGGGGUCACAAAAAUGGGAUGGUGUUUCUGCCCACACACAGGUUGCUGGCAGGGGCCAGACAGUCGUGCUAAGAUUUCCCCUGAGCUUGCAUUUCAAAUGUAUAUCAUUUGCCUGUUUUGCAUAUUAAACGCUCAUAAAACUUAA